AUGGAAGGUCUCAAACGAAGGACCUCGGAAUGGAAUACCAAGCGUACCGUUGGUACCUCUACCGCACGGCACUCAGAGCGAGGAACAACCCAGCAGCAAAUGCGGCCCAAACUUUCUUGCUUCACCGCUACAGCCCGUUCCUACUUGUGGGGCUACACACAGAGACAACAGAGUUUCACAAACGACAUCACCGACUAUCAUGACAGCUCCGCGGGGGGCUCCACGAGGCGCGUCAUCCGCUGA